AGAAGUAGGGCAAGUCGCCAGGGCCCGCAAAAAUCCGGAUCAAGAUGGUUUGCGCAGGGCUUUCAAGCCGCGACGCCACCAAACUGCUCCGUCGGGUAAGUUUGCCGGCGGAGCAGUAGGCGCGGUGAAGAAGAUGUCACGGCGACCCGGGCGAGGAAUUGCAAGCCGUAGGAGCGCCAGUGCCGGGCGCCAAGACGCCGCUUUUUUGCGUGUUGCGCAACGUUUCAAAAAUGUUUUGCAACAUGCUCAAAGCGCGCCGCGGCAGCCCAUGCAAGAAGCGAGGCAAAAAAACCGCGCCCGCCGAGUCUCUGGCCCGCCCGUGCUUGCCUUUCUGUCCGUCUACCCUGCCAGCCGGGGCCUCCCCGCCCCGCCGGCCAUGGCGGCCCCCCGCCGGCCGGGCGGCCGAGUAUGUUUUGGCCCCGGACUCCUCGUUCCACGACGCGGCCAUGCGCGGCGCACGCCUCGCAUCUGUUCCCUGCCCGAUAGAUGCGGCGGCGCGUUUGGUGGCUUUGGCCCACCUUGGUCUAACCUCUUUGCCAUCCGCCUCUGUAGCGCCUUGUGUGUUUCGUUUGGCCUCGCGUUAGCGGCGUGAUCAUGUCAGCGCACUGCCGAAAUUCAUGAUAAUGUGGCAUGAGCAUGGCUCGUUGGCGCAGCUGUAGAAGAAUGGGCCUAUCUAUUGCCUGCAUGAGCGGGGGUGAUAGCAGUGGCUCUCAAAC